UUAGUUCUCAUCUCGUGCGCCAGAAGUGACGCAUGCGUAUUGUUGUUUGCCAAAAUCGUGGUAAUUUCUGUGUGUGCUAAUAAUAAUUGGGAAAAAGUGGUGAUUUCGGGGCAAUAUUGGUUACUGUGACGAACGUAUCUGUCGUUAAUUGAGGUUACACUUUGCAUUCUUAGCGCUAGUUCAAUCAGUUACAAUGGAAAAGAAAGCGCAACUGUUAAUCAUUGAGCCUCAAACUGAACUGAAAUUUCGAGGUCCUUUCACUAAACCAGUGACUACUCACAUGAGGUUAACUAACCCAACCGAACAUACAAUUUUAUUUAAAAUCAAAACCACAGCUCCAAGAAAAUAUUGUGUUCGUCCGAAUUUCGGUUCAUUGUCGCCUGAUGAUUCGACAGAAAUUGCAAUUACACUUCAAGCAUUUGUCUUUGAUCCAAAUGAAAAAAACAAACAUAAAUUCAUGGUGCAAAGUUUAGUUGUUCCAGAUGGUGUGACAAAUUUUGACAAAUUGUGGAAAGAAGUCCAACUGGAAGAACUGAUGGAUUCAAAGUUAAGAUGUGUGUUUGAAGCCCCUGUAGAACUGCCAUCAGGAGAAGCAACAGGAUCUCCUGAAGAUGCUAUCAAAGACGCUACUAAUAACGGUGGAGGUGACGAUAAGCCUUCGAACAUUCCUGACGAUUAUCAACGAGCCAUAGAGGAGGUGAAGCAAUUGCGAGUAGAAGAAAGUGCAUUGAGACAUGAAAAUCUUCAACUGAAAGAGCAACUACUAAAACUACGAAUGAAUAUGGAAGCCGCUCAAGAACAGCAACAAACUAUUGGAUCGAAUUUGCAAAAUCUCUACACACCGCCUACACUACGUCAACAACAGAUUCCAAUUUCAUAUAUAGCACUUGGUGUCGUGAUGGUAUUUUUGGGACUAUUAUGUGGAAAAUAUUUACUGUGAAUCAUAACAAGUAUUAUAUAUAUAUUAACAAAUGAAAAGCUGAAGCAUUAAAAUAAAAAGAGCUAAUAAUUGCUACUCAGUUUAACAUUAAAGAUUGUAAAAUGUAAAAGUUGAAUGCAUUUUUUUCGAUUUCUACCAGAAGAACUAAGUAAAGUCGCGGCGAGAGCAACGAGAGUGGGUGUUAGUCAUAUCAGAUUUUAAUUGAUUUUUUCAUGUGUUAGCAUAGUCUAAGUAUAUAUAAUUGUUUGUUUUUUUGCGGGAAAUAAACUCUUCGAUUGGA